GUCAAGCUUCUGGACCCCACUACUAAUGCCCCGCGUACCGGAGUUUCCUUAUUAGCACUUUGAGCUAUCGCUGUCACAUAGCUCAAUUCUUAUUGGUCAAUCGGCGGACCCAUCCCAAAGAUUCUGCAGGAACGGCCAGAAUUUUUUGGUGGAGGACCGCAUCGGACCCUAGCUCAAAGGGUCGUCGGCCUAAUCGCCUCACACUCUUACACUUACAACAUCCCAUUCAUUGUUAAUACUCAACCAAGCAUUUCGCUUCUUUGCUUUCUAAUUCGUGCCAACAUUCCCUCAAUCCCUUCUUGAAUUUCCACGAGAGGUGAAGAUCUAAUUCUAUUUCCAUGGAGUGAACUAUCAAAAUUCUGCUAGAAUUUGUCGAGAUCUAGCUACUGGAUUUCCUUCCAAGAACCCCUCACCACGUAUAUAUCACCCACGUAAAAGCAAUUUUUCUUCCUUCUUUCAAGCUAAUUACGGAGUAUUAGAUAUUCCUUCUACUUUUCUCGUCGGUGGUGUUCACAGGAUAGCCACAUUAAUAUACCGCUCCUUUUAUCACAGUCACUAUGGCGAGUCAAACGACCAGCGCCGAGGGUCCAACCCGUAUUCCAAUUCUAGGGUCUGACUCUAUCAUUGUCGACCAUGGCAUCUGGCAAGCCUUUGUGCCUGAUGAUCUCCUCGACAAUAUCAAGUCUUCUACAUAUAUUGUCAUUACCGAUACCAACCUUCACGACCGAUAUGUGCCUCCCUUUUUAGAUAUUUUCAACAAAGCAAUCGAGCGCCGCAAUGCACAAAGCAGAGUACUUACCUACACCAUUCCUCCUGGCGAAACAUCCAAAAGUCGCGAGACGAAGGCCGAGAUAGAAGACUGGAUGUUGUCUCAGCAAUGUACGAGGGAUACUGUCAUUAUUGCGCUGGGUGGCGGUGUGAUUGGUGAUAUGAUUGGUUAUGUCGCAGCCACUUUCAUGCGCGGCGUCCGUUUUGUCCAGGUCCCAACCACCCUUCUUUCUAUGGUUGAUUCAUCUAUCGGAGGCAAGACUGCCAUCGAUACACCCAUGGGUAAGAACCUCAUUGGGUCUUUCUGGCAACCUCAGCGCAUCUACAUAGAUCUCGCAUUUCUUGAGACACUUCCUGUGCGCGAGUUCAUAAAUGGCAUGGCCGAAGUAAUUAAAACCGCUGCCAUAUGGAAUGAGUCCGAAUUUACAGCUCUCGAAGAAAAUGCUGCUUUAAUCCUCAGCACCAUCCGGUCCAAAACCGCCAAUCCUAGUGAAAGGCUACUCCCGAUUCGCACCAUACUUAAGCGCAUUGUUCUCGCUUCUGCCCGCGUCAAGGCUGAGGUUGUUUCUAAGGACGAAAAGGAGGGCGGUUUACGAAAUCUUCUUAAUUUCGGUCACUCUAUCGGUCAUGCUUUCGAAGCUAUCCUCACGCCCCAAGUUUUACAUGGCGAGGCCGUAGCAAUUGGAAUGGUUAAGGAGGCCGAAUUAGCCCGAUACCUAGGUGUUUUGCGACCAGGCGCAGUAGCACGGCUGGUCAAAUGCAUCGCGAGUUAUGACUUACCAACUUCUCUUCAUGACAAGCGUAUCGUGAAGUUGACAGCCGGGAAGAAAUGUCCCGUCGAUGUAUUGCUGCAAAAGAUGGCUGUCGAUAAGAAAAACGAGGGGAAGAAGAAGAAAAUCGUUCUCCUAUCUGCUGUAGGCCAAACCUACGAGCCGCGAGCAAGCGUUGUUGAUGAUAGCGCCAUCCGAGUUGUUUUGUCUCCUGCUAUCCGAGUCCAACCAGGAGUACCUAAGGAACUCAGUGUGCAGGUGACUCCACCUGGAUCCAAGAGUAUCUCUAAUCGGGCUUUGGUACUUGCUGCACUCGGUAAUGGAACUUGUCGAGUUAAGAACUUACUUCACUCCGAUGAUACCGAGUAUAUGUUAUCGGCUAUCGGUGGCCUAAACGGAGCGACGUACUCGUGGGAAGAUGCUGGGGAAGUCCUUGUGGUUACUGGGAAAGGCGGCAAACUUCAAGCAAGCCAAGAUCCCCUUUAUCUCGGUAAUGCAGGAACGGCUUCUCGUUUCCUAACCACUGUGGUAGCCCUAUGUUCGCCUUCUACCGCACCUUCCACUAUCUUAACCGGCAAUUCAAGGAUGAAAGUGAGACCGAUUGGCCCGCUUGUUGACGCCCUACGAUCUAACGGCGUCAACAUAAAAUACCUAGAGAAGGAAAAGAGUCUCCCUGUACAAGUUGAUGCAGCUGGUGGUCUUGACGGAGGUGUUAUUGAGUUGGCUGCGACAAUUUCGUCUCAAUAUGUGUCGUCUAUCCUAAUGUGCGCACCCUACGCCAAGAAACCCGUAACUCUCCGUUUAGUGGGUGGUAAGCCAAUCUCGCAGCUUUAUAUCGACAUGACCAUCGCUAUGAUGAAGGCGUUCGGUGUUUCCGUCACGAAAUCCACAGAUGAACCUCAUACCUACCACAUUCCCCAAGGCGUAUAUCAAAAUCCCGAUGAAUAUGUCGUAGAGAGCGAUGCUAGCUCGGCAACUUACCCGCUCGCGGUCGCUGCUAUCACUGGCACUACCUGCACAAUCCCCAACAUCGGCGCAGCCUCUUUACAAGGGGAUGCUCGUUUUGCAACGGAUGUUCUGCGUCCGAUGGGAUGUACUGUAGAACAGACUGCUACGUCAACCACGGUAACUGGACCGAAACCGGGUGGCCUAAAGGGCAUUGAGGUUGAUAUGGAGCCUAUGACAGAUGCAUUCUUGACAGCCUCAGUCCUCGCUGCUGUGGCGUCUGGCGAGACACGGAUUACCGGAAUAGCAAAUCAGCGGGUCAAGGAGUGCAAUCGUAUCGAAGCUAUGAGAGAGCAGCUUGCAAAAUUCGGUGUACAUUGCAGUGAGCUUGAGGACGGAAUUGUCAUCGCGGGCAAACGGCUAGCGGGCAUUUCUAAACCUACUGACAGUAUUUUUUGCUAUGACGACCACCGCGUAGCCAUGAGCUUUAGUGUUCUAUCCGUUGUAGCACCGGGUCCAGUACUCAUUCUUGAACGCGAAUGUACUGGAAAGACAUGGCCCGGCUGGUGGGAUGUAUUGGCUCAAUCGUUCAAGGUUAGUUUAACUGGCGAUGAAGCUGUGCCUGGUGCUUCCCAAAAGACAAAACAAACCGAAACCGAGUCAUCUAUCUUCAUCGUUGGAAUGCGAGGCGCUGGAAAGACCACGACCGGUAGAUGGGUAGCCAAAAUCCUCGGACGUCCUUUUAUUGAUCUCGACCACGAAUUAGAACGUAGGGCCGGCCUAACAAUCCCGCAGAUCAUAGAAGAAAGUGGUCGUGGUUGGGAAGGAUUUAGGAGCGAUGAACUUGAGCUUCUGCGGGAUGUUAUGAAAAAUCAAGGCAAAGGUCAUGUUUUCUCCUGCGGUGGUGGCAUUGUCGAGACACCAGAAGCUCGGGAUUUGCUUAUCUCUUACCACCGCAAUGGUGGUGCGGUUCUCCUCGUCAACCGCGACGUGGAACAAAUGGUACAAUACCUAAUGCAAGAUAAAACCCGUCCUGCCUAUUCUGAGGAGAUUCUUGGUGUCUAUAAGCGGCGCAGACCCUUAUUCCAGGAAUGCAGCAAUUACGAAUAUCACAGCCCACACCUUGAUCCACCUGAGGGGGUUAGUGACCCACCUGCUGACUUCGUCCAAUUCGUGUCCACCAUUAGUGGUAAAAGCACUCAUUUCGAAGACACCAAGAAGAAAUCUCAGUCUUUCUUCGUGAACCUCACCGUGCCAGACCUCUUGUCGGAGAUUAAAACGAUUCCGCAAAUUGUGGUUGGCGUUGAUGCCGUUGAACUGCGCGUUGAUUUACUUGAAGACAUCUCGCCCGAAUCGCUAGCAAAGCAAAUAUCGUUCCUACGUUUGGAAGCGAAAAUACCAAUCAUAUUCACGGUCCGAUCAAAAUCACAAGGUGGCCGUUUCGAAUAUAAGUCCGAGGAAGAAUUGCUCCCACUAUACCAGACGGCUAUGCGUACAGGGGUCGAGUACGUGGACCUUGAAAUGACACUAUCGGAUGAGACCCUAGAUACGAUCAUCCAGUCCAAAAGCACUUCUACGCGCAUCAUUGCAUCGCAUCACGACCCUAAAGGUAAUCUAUCGUGGAAAAAUGGCGCCUGGCAACAAUGGUACAACCGAGCACUUCAAUACGGUGACAUUAUCAAACUAGUCGGAGUCGCGAAGAAGGAACAAGAUAAUUACUCUCUGUUUGACUUUAGGGAUAGGAUGUUUGCUGCGCACGGUAAGCCCAUCAUAGCUUUAAAUAUGGGCGACGUUGGUAAACUGUCUCGAGUGAUGAACAGCUUUUUUACACCCGUCACACAUCCCGCUAUGACGCAGAAGGCAGCUCCCGGCCAAGUGUCUACGGCCGAUAUUCGCAGGGCUCUAGCAAUAAUCGGGAAGAUAGAGCCCAAGAAGUUUUAUUUAUUUGGGAAACCCAUCCAAGCUUCGAGGUCGCCAGUCUUGCACAAUACUCUAUUCAACAAGACUGGAUUGCCCCAUGAAUAUUAUCUCAAAGAAACCUCUAAUGUGAAGGAUUUGGAGGACUUGAUUAGGUCGUCCGAAUUUGGGGGCGCUUCGGUCACAAUCCCACUAAAGAUUAACAUCAUGAAGUUACUUGACGACGUCUCAGAAUCGGCCAAUAUUAUUGGCGCCGUCAACACAAUCAUACCUAUAGCUUCGCAAGACGGAUCAAAGCCACGCCUUCUUGGCGACAACACGGACUGGAGAGGUAUGGUUCACUCCCUACGUACGGCCGGACUCACGCUACCAUCCGAAGCCAGUGAGAAGGGUGCGGUGGUAGUAGGGACCGGCGGUACUAGCAGGGCAGCCAUCUAUGCACUACAUUCGCUCGGCUACAGCCCUAUAUACGUUGUGGCGCGAAAUAGCAACGCCGUCAAAACUCUUCAAUCUUCAUUCCCUAGUCACAUCAGGAUCAAGAAUGUGCAAGCGCCUAGUGAUGUUCAACACAUACCAAAUGUCAUCAUCAGCACAAUCCCUGCCGACAAACCCGUCGACAGCAAUGUGAAGAGGCUACUUGAGUCCAUUCUAGAAGAACCUCAGGAUACUAAAGGACUGCGGUUCUUGCUGGAAAUGGCUUACAAUCCCCGCUACACGCCGUUAAUGGAGUUAGCCGAAAGCCACCAUUGGUUCACAAUCACAGGCCUAGAGGUCCUUGCAUCACAAGGCUAUUAUCAGUUCCAACUUUGGACUGGUAUCACACCUUUCUUCCCGGAUGUACGACAACCUGUGCUAGGGCCGCCGCCGCCACCUCCGCCGCCGCCGAGGGUACCUUUUUGGAAGCGUCUUCUUCUUCACCUAUGUGUUGCUACAGGUGUUGGUAUUAGUAUAGGGUUUUCGAUCGGCGUCGCGGUUGGCAGAUUUGACUGACACUUACGCAUACACCUCGCUUCGUCUCGUGAGUUCGUUUAUCGGAUGCCUAGUUCCUUUGCUGCCACCGAUCAAGUCUUUUUUGGCUUGCAGGAGCUCCCAGGGUGCUCCU